ACAACCUACUGUCUGUAAAUCACUAUCAAUUUGUAAACAAAAACUUUGUUUGAUUCCAUUCACAAAGUGCAUCUUUAGUAAUACUGUUAGUUCGACCAGCCAUUUCGUUAUUAGAUAACAAUUAAUUGUUAAAGAGUUAUCAGUCGAUCGACCAACACAAUGGAAUCAUAUUGAAGUGCUGAAGUGUGUGUUAAUAAGCGGGUUUCGUGUUGAUAAAUGCAACUGGUCCCACAGGUGUUUUGUUCUGAUAUUGGCGACCCACAUUCUUGUUCUGAUCAAAGUUUAAUGAUUACAUAAUCAGCAGUUGCAACCGAGCUAUCUAUCCACAAUGCAAACAGUCAACGAAAAUGUGAUUCCACUCGUAGCGUUCUUCAUCUUCAUGCUGGUAUUCACCUUAUUUGCAAAAUGGUACAUAAAAAGGGCAGAAUGGUCCAUGCUAAUCGAUGCCGUACCGGGUGUCAAAUCAUAUCCCAUUAUUGGUACGACGCACAUGUUCUUCGGAGUACGCCGUGAAGAUUUCUUCGAAGUGUUGCGAAAGGAAGUCCAGCAAAAUCCCUACAUAUCACGAAUGUGGCUCGGCUCACUGCCCGAAGUGACCAUCCGUAAGGCUGAGUAUGUGGAAAAAGUGAUCGGCGGCAGUAAGAAUCUGGAGAAGUCUCCUGGCUACGAGUUCCUCAAGCCGUGGCUGGGAGAAGGUUUGUUGCUGUCGAAGGGCGCCAAAUGGCAUAAGCAUCGGAAAAUUAUUACGCCCACCUUCCACUACGGCAUACUGGAGAGUUUCUGUGAUAUAUUUUCGGAGAAAUCAAAGAUUUUUAUUGAUAAACUGGACGUACACUGUGGAACCGGUGAACCGUUCGACAUAUACAAAUACAUCACACGAGUUACGUUAGACAUAGUCUGUGUGGCUGCAAUGGGAACGAAAGUCGAUGCACAGGAGAACAUCGACAACGAAUACGUCGGCUCGAUUUAUUCGAUCUCCGAACUGAUAAUGCGACGAUUGUUGCGGCUGUGGCUCCAUCCAAACUUUAUCUAUAAAUGGUCGAGCGAUUAUCGUCGCUUCGACGAUUGUCUCAAGAAAUUGCACGGCUAUACGCGAGAUGUCAUCGAAAAACGGAAGGCUGCCCGUACCGGAAACAUUCACAAUUUCAAGAAGAACAAUCGACUCGUCUUCCUAGAUCUGUUGCUCGAGGAACAUGAAGCGUCUGAUGGCAAUAUAACCAUUCAAGAUAUCUGCGAUGAAGUGGACACAUUCAUGUUUGAGGGUCAUGAUACAACCACUGCGGCGUUGUCAUGGACACUAUUUCUGAUUGGUUCGCAUCCUCACGUUCAGGAGAAGAUUUUCGAAGAGAUGGACACCAUAUUCGAGGGCUCCGAUAGACCGGCCACGUUAAGCGAUUUGAACGAAAUGAAGUAUCUGGAACGGUGCAUCAAAGAAGGUCUUCGACUGUAUCCGGCAGUUCCUAAGGUUGGUCGCAUGUUGAACGAAGAUGUUCAGCUGGACGAAUACAAAAUUCCGAAGGGUUGCAUGAUUGGCAUCCACAUCUUCUUCCUGCAUCGCGACGAACGUUUCUUUCCGGAUCCGGAAAAAUUCGAUCCGGACCGUUUUCUGCCGGAAAACACCAUCGGCCGUCAUCCGUUUGCGUAUAUUCCGUUUUCAGCCGGCAAUCGUAAUUGCAUCGGACAGAAAUUCGCAAUGAACGAGGAGAAGAGUGUGCUCAGUUCGAUCUUCCGAAACUAUCGAGUGACUAGCGUGGACAGUCGAGAGAACGUUAAAAUUGUGAGCGAGUUAAUAUUGCGGCCACUGAAUGGUAUUAGUGUGACGAUUGAAAAGCGUCGAAAAUCGCAUUAGGUUUUUGAGUUUUGGGAAUAAAGUUUCUGGUUUUUGGUUCAA